UUGCUGGGGCAAGAGAGAGCCGGGUUGCCCCCGCAGGGCAGCGAGACUCCCCCUCUCCCGCCCCCCCUAGUGUUCCUCCGGGCCCCCGAGGGCAGAGGGAGCACGCUUUGCAUCCUCCCCUUCCCCUUCCCUGUUGUUUUCACAACAACAACCCCCCAUCCCUCCCUGCCAGGUUCUAUUGACUUCAGAACAACAACCCUGCCAGGAGACAUAAUUCCCUCUGCCAUCUCUAGAACACUUCCGGCUUAUUAUUGCUUAGGAGAAGAGAUCAGUGAAAUAUUUGCGGGCGCCAAACGGUUGCUAUGAAUCUCUCCUGAAUUAUUUGUAGACCUCAACAGAGGGGUGGAUUCAGGCAGCGUAAACUUUUCCUGUUUUUGUGCAUUCGUUGGUUUAUUUCAUGUCUGGCUUUAUUUUCAUCGCUUGCGUCCUACCCUUGUGCUUUUGCGGUCCUUGAGUUCAACAGGGAAAGCAGAGCGGCGCCGUUGGGACCACGAUGAACCCCCCAAGGGGAAACUCACCCGCUGCUCCUUAAACAGAUCCGCCUCCUUCUCCAUCCUCCGUCAAGUUUUGGGAGAACUUGUCCUGUAGAUUUCUAGCCAAAGGGACAACAGGUGUCGCUCAGACCGGCUGAGCGUUCCAUUGGUCUGGAUGCCUCGUUCCCCUCUGUCUUCCAAACGGGUCUUCCUGUUGAGAAAAACCAUGAUGCUCCAUUAAUGCCCCAAAAGAUUAUAAAGAAAGAGACAACCAGGUCCCUUCGGGGAAUCUUUUUAAACAUGGGGGAAGGUAUGAGCAGGAAGAAGAAUCCGGAGUCGGGUCUGGAGACCAUCCGGGCGUCCGCUGAGGAGCAACGGCAGGUCAGAAGCUGCGUUCAUCCCACAAUGGAUGCGUUCAUCCCACAACCCACACCCCUUUUUCGUCAGAGCACCUGGACAACGGCCGGUCAAGUCGAUUUCUCCUGGGUGAGCCCUUCUGCCCACCUCGAUCUAGAUGGUCCAGUAAGAACAUCGGCUGGGAGCAAGGAGGACUGGGAGAAAAACCUUCAGUUUGAGGACUGCCAGGAGUUUUUUUCUGAAGGUCCCCCGCUCCUGGUGAAGGUACCCCAAGCCGAGAAGAGAUGGGAGUGCAGUGGCCGGGAUGCAUGGCUUGAAUCCAGAUCCCAAGACCGGACACGGUCCCUCUCCAAAGGAACCCAAACAGAAGCUGCCUGUUCCCACUAUGAAGAGUGGCGUAAUUUCCAGGCUGAAAGGGAUCCCCGUUAUUCUGUCUACAUGCCGGAAACAGCUAAACGCUCCGAGAAGGCGAUUCAACAAGGACUGAAGGAGUUCUUUGGCUUCUUGACGCUCCUGAUGAAAGUGCCCACCCUGUUCAUGGUGGAGCUGAUCCAUUUUCUCAGCAAAGUUGUUUUCCAGGGCGUCACCAUGGUUGUGGCUAUUCGGCAAAUCGUAGUAUACCUCUUCCUGGGGACCGUGUGUGUCCUGAGCAAGCCCACCGAGAAGAAGGACCGCGUCCAUCACGACCCACAGCUAAGUGACAAGGUCCAUGAUGAUGGACAGAAUUUUGACUACGACCAUGACGCCUUCCUAGGGGCUGAAGAAGCCAAGACCUUCGACCAACUGACUCCUGAAGAGAGCAAGGAGAGGCUAGGAAAAAUUGUAAGUAAAAUAGAUGAAGACAAGGACGGGUUUGUAACUGCUGAAGAACUAAAGGCCUGGAUUAAGUUUGCCCAAAAGCGCUGGAUUUACGAGGAUGUAGAGCGCCAGUGGAAGGGGCACGACCUCAACGAGGACGGGCUCAUUUCCUGGGAGGAGUAUAAAAAUGCCACGUACGGCUACAUCUUAGAUGACCCCGAUCCAGACGAUGGCUUCAAUUAUAAACAGAUGAUGAUGAGAGAUGAGCGGAGGUUCAAAAUGGCAGACAAAGACGGGGACCUGAUUGCUACCAAGGAAGAGUUCACGGCUUUCUUGCAUCCUGAGGAGUACGACUAUAUGAAGGACAUCGUCGUGCAGGAAACCAUGGAAGACAUUGACAAGAAUGGGGAUGGCUUCAUCGACCUGGAGGAGUACAUAGGGGAUAUGUACAGCCACAACGGUGAUGCCGAAGAACCAGAGUGGGUGAAGACCGAGCGGGAACAAUUCGUAGAGUUCCGGGACAAGAACCGUGACGGGAAGAUGGACAAGGAGGAGACCAAGGACUGGAUCCUCCCCUCGGAUUACGAUCACGCCGAGGCAGAAGCACGGCACCUUGUGUACGAGUCUGAUCAGAACAAGGAUGGCAAACUCACCAAAGAGGAAAUUGUGGACAAGUACGACCUGUUUGUGGGCAGCCAGGCGACAGACUUUGGCGAAGCGUUAGUACGGCACGAUGAGUUCUAAACCAGAGAACCGCCUUUCUUAAGAAAAAGGAAAAAAGAGAAAAGAAAUUAUUUUCUACUGUUUCGGAAUAACGCAAGAAACUCUCACUACAGAGACUGACCGUUUCAGGCAACAACAUGGGGGGGGGCCAGCGGCAGAAAUCUCUCCCAUCUUUGCUUUAUUUUUUCAGUCCCACAAGGAUGGGAGCUCCAUGUUCUGAAAACCAACUUUCAGUCACCACAUUUUUUUGUUGUUGUUUUUAUAGAUUUGCAUGUUUUUAUGUCUAACAUGUUCCAUUUAUUUUUGUAUUAUUUUUGUUCCGCGUGAAAUGAAGAAUAUCUGCCCUGAAACGAUAGCCCUAGAAAACAGCACUAGCUUCCCCGUUGUGUGACUUCCUCACCUUUUUUUUUAAUUAAAAAAAUAUCCUGUGUACUGAGCUACAGAAUUCCGUAGCGAAAUGCCAGAGAACAAGGAGGGCCAAGAAGAAGGGGGAAAGCAAGAGAAAGCUGCAGUGUUUUGAGUUUCGCCGAGCAGCCUAGCUGAGGAUUUAGUGGGCGUAUUGUUUCGGUUCAGCCUCGUCCUGUUAUCCUUUUAAAUGCUUGGCCUUUCUCCUCCAUACCUGUCUCCCACAGCCGACCGGCCCUCUGGAGAAAUGGCAUCUGCUUCAGCCAGGGGUUAGACCCUGGAAGCUUCUGCUGCCUGGCUUGGCCAUGGCAUUAAAACACCCCUUCCUGUUCUGAGAUCCUUUUGUAUGGGAACUGGGGAGAUGUUGCCAAUCUUUCUGUGAUCUCCCCUGUUCAGGGCAUUUUCUUGGGAUGCUGUAUGCUGUGAAGGCCAUUCCAGAUUUGAGGUUUGCUGCUUGCAUGGGGUCCUUUGAAGUCAAAAGGGUGAAGGUGGGGCUCAGGUCUCUCUUCUUGAUGCAUCAAGAAUUUGUCCUAUAAGACUGAGCAAAUGUGUUUUGAAUGCUGAGGGCCAGACCAAUGCAGCAAUUAAACACAUCUGGAAAUCCUGCAGUUUCCAAGUGCCUUUAUCUUUAAAUUUUUUUUUUAAGAAAAGGUUUCUCAUCUGAAGGGAAUCCUGGCACAAAUCACGCCCCUAGUCAUCAUGCAGAAAGGACAGUUCUUCCUUUUAAGGAGCCUGGUUGAUCAAGGAGCAGCAGUUCAGUAUUAAAUACCUUUUCUACAAGUAUUCCACAUCUCUGUCGGAUUUUAAGACCUUGUUGCUUAGCCUGUCAGGGAGGACCUUACUCUUACCUCUGAAAGAAAACCAUGACUUCACUCUUGUUCACAGGGUGUCAUUUCAUUGGCUCUGAUUUCAUCUUUAAGCCGCAUUAUUUGAGUGAAAAAUAGCUUAGAUGGUGACUGGUCUUUCUUCUGUGCUCAUAUUUUCAUUGCCAGUUUGCAUAGACAUUCAGCCUGCCUUGUGCUCAGCCGAGAGGGUGUGGAGGUGUUCCGUUGAUUUCAGCCAGAUGUUUUCUUCGUAGGUUUUGGGGGUUCAGCUCAGCCUAGCUGGUAUUGCUCCCCCCUCCCCAGCCUGUGGCAGUUCAGUUUCAUCUGUGUUCUUCUUUUUCUCUCAAUGAGACUCAGGAGAGGUGCUUUUUCCAGCGGCUUACACCCUUAAAAUGCCUUUCCACAUUUACUCCGAAUGUAGAAAGCCAGUUCCUCUUUAAAAGAACAACAGCAAAAAACCCUGCUAGCUUAACAAUUGUGAGCUGUUCCGUUUCCUUGGAACCCUGAAGGUUUCGUGGAUUGAAAGUCCAAAGUACUAUCCUUGCUAAAUUUUGACAGUGGGCGGUUUUCAUAACAGUAAAAACCAAACCCGACCCUUCUAGCCGUGAUUCUAUAGAACCAGGGUGGAGUGCAGCUGUUGGGGCCUCCCAAGCAUAGCUUUAUGUUGGGCAUGAACCAGUAGAGAGCGUCUUGUUCAGAAAACCAUCCUUCAAGGACAGGAACUACAUAUGAGUGGAGUUGGGAGAUCCAGAAGAGCCGAUUCUCCCCUUUGGGUCUCCACAAAAGCAUUGCAGAAGAGAAGCAGGAAGCUCACGAAAGGGAGCAUUGCUCUCUGUCCGUCGUGAAGACUUGAACGGGUGACGGAAACAUGGGGACCUGCAGCUGCUUUGGGCUGCCCAACAGCUUGGUAAAACACUAAAAGCAGGUCUAAAAUGGAACGGCCGCCUCAGCUUCCACACUGAUCAAGUGUUGUGGAGGUUCGGGUAGUCCUCACUAAGUUUGAACUGCAGAUUUGGAAGUUGGGAGGGAAGGAUCUUGUGAACUUUGCACAAGCACACGACUGCUGUUGAUGCUGGUGUUUGUGGGGAGGGGUUGGUGCCCAUCGCUGUGCUUCUUCACACUUGUGAGCCGAAAUUUCAGGGCUCUGCUCUGCAAAAACCCUCUACCUGUAGGAAAGGUAUGGGGAAAGCCAGCUGCCAAUGAAGAGUUUGGUCUAGAUGGAGAUUUCCUGCACUGUGUGUCUGAUUAUUUUUUAAAUAGCCUGGUGUGUUCCUCCUUGCACAAUUGUCUCAUUAUUAAAGCAAAUAUCAAACUGGUGGCAAAAGAAAUGGAACCACGUCCUCUAAAGCCCUUCACGGCCUGUCUUUAGAGGAAUUUUUUGGUAGAGCAUAAAUGGAGUUUUAUACAAUGUACAACCUACAGAUAAAGUGGUGUCUUAAUAAAACUGUUUACAUCCCUUA